CAACUAUUCUGAUUUAUUAUUAUUGAAAAAAAAAAGAAAUAGAUUAUUUUUGUACUUGUUAUUAUUUCUGGAGCAAAUCAAUUCGGCUCACCCAAAGUAGAUGACGAUCCACUACCAAUACCAGUUGCCCUCCCAAGCCCACGCCGUCGUCUUCUUCCGCGACGUCAUCCACACCACCGUCACCCACGACCCCGCCAUCGUAUCUCGGUGGAUUCACGACGUUAACUCCCUCUACGGCCACCGCCUGAUCGUGGGCCUCGACGUGGAGUGGCGCCCCAACUUGAUCCGCCACCAACAAAACCCCGCAGCCACGCUCCAGCUCUGCAUCGGCCGCUGCUGCCUCAUCUACCAACUCAUCCACUCCCCCUACUUUCCUCUCCAGCUGAUCCAAUUCCUCUCGUUCUCUAACCACACCUUCGUCGGAGUUGACGUUAAAUCCGAUUUGAAGAAGCUUCAGCGAGAUCAUAGGAUUGGGUAUAACGCGAGGGCGGUGGAUUUGAGGGGUUUGGCGGCGGAUGUUUGUGGAAUGAAGGAAUUGAAGAAAGGUGGGCUGAGGAGCCUGACGAGAAGCGUGCUGGGAAAAGAGAUGGAAAAGCCGAAAUGGGUGACGAUGAGCAGUUGGGAUAAUCGGGUGCUGACGGCUGAUCAAGUGCAGUAUGCUUGUGUUGAUGCUUUUGUGAGCUUCGAGAUUGGUAGGAUUUUGAAUGCUUCUGCUGCUCUUGGCUUAAUGUAAAUUCAAUUCUUCGUUUUCUUUUCUUUUCUUUUUCCUGAAGGUAUGAGUAUUUGUCUAUUGUAA